AUGCGCCUCCUUUUCCUACCGUAUAAUCCAUCGAAAGAUUCUCACGACGUCGACGAGACAGCAGAGGAAUCCCCACAACAGCAUGCCGCUAGGGCCUAUCAUAGCAAGGCAAAGUCCAUCAGAAAGUCUGCCCUCCGCGCCCGACAGUUGUCUGCAGGUAGAGGCAAGGAUCCAGCCGCGAAGGCCGACUCGAAAUCAUCCCUUGAAUCGAGCAGCGAUGGCCGUGUCAGGUCCGGAAGACCGAUUCCUGAGCCAAGCACCGUUCUAGGGGCGGGCAGGGUUGACCCAUUCAACGCCUAUUGUACCCCGGAUCAGCCUUUGAUGGUUCAUGAAAUGCUUGAUCAUGCCAUCUCGUGCCAGUGGUCUCUCUUUGCCGCAGAUGACAGGCCCGAAUCUCUGCUCAUGGUGAAGAAGUCGGUCAUGGACACUGCGAUCCGCUCUCCGUUGUGUUUCCAUACCCUCGUCUACUCCGGUGCUGCUCACAAAGCUUUUCACCAGUCUCCAACCGUCGACAAUUCAAAGAGCGCGGUGUUACGCUUGACAAGCAAAGUGGAAGCGAUCAAGUCGCUCAGAACGGCCCUGCAGUCUCAGGCGACAGCCUUGGCCGAUGAAGUCAUCUUUGCUAUGGCUUUACUGGCCAUUGUCGGACAUGGAGAGAAUGUCAGCGCUGUAGAGAAGCGUGAGAGAAGGACAAUGUCAGCCGAGCAAGACGGCCAGUUCUACGCUAGCAUGGAAUAUGAGUGGCAACACAUGAAGGCCGUGAUCGAAAUCGUCAAGAUGAAAGGUGGACUGCAUACGAUCCGCCUUCCUGGCCUUGCCUUUGCGCUUGCUUCCUUCGAUAUCCAUACGUCCAUCAUGUUUCAAACAAAACCAUCGUUUCCUCUAUUUAUGCCAUCCUCGCCAGUUGUCGGCACCUGGCUCACAAGCCAACCCGGAAGCCCAGCAUUUCAGAGAUGCCCCAACCUAACUACUGGGUUCUACUUCUUGACAGACUUGGGCCUGCCUACAGCUAUCGAAUUGCUUAACGUCCUGAACAUCAUUCGCGAUCUGAUCGUUGCUUUCGACAGCUAUCAGCGGCGCGAUGGUGAAGCUCCCCCCAUCAAGAUGAUCAUCUUCGCGCGAAACUUGAAUCAACACGAGCUAUUGACCUUACCCGACCUAUCGGAGGAACUGUUCUCAUCAAGUUUGGCCUACGUUGAUACCCCAACUAUUUUGAAAACGCAUCGAGCACUUGCACUGUAUGAAAUCUGUCGGCUGUGUGCCUUUAUCUUCCAGAUUACGGUGCUUCUGCCGAACCUGCACGACAACAUAGAUGUGACCAUACCCUAUGCCCGGCGCAUCAAACGAUGUCUGCAAUGUGCAACCACCGAAUUGAAUCUGCACCAGGACUCAAUCUAUCAUUCGUUUUUCCUUUGGGUCGCCAUAAUGACGGCUUGGUCCGUAAGAAGCACAAUCCUUUAUGACUGGUUUGUCGACUUCUUAGUUCAACAUGUGCGCGCCGAAGUGGCAGGUCGAGAAGUCGACUAUAGGGAAUCCUUGCGGAUGACCGUGGAAGAGAGACUGGCCAGAUUUCUCUGGCUUGAAAGUGAAUGCGAAGCACCUUGCGCGGAGAUCUGGGAAGACGUGACGGCUUCGCUGAUUCUGGAUAAGCAGUGCGCGUUUUGUUAG